AAAUGACCACCCACUAUCCAUCGCACCCUCUUUCAUUCGUGGUCACGAAAGAAAACAAGAAAACAGGAAGUAAGUCAGUUUCCGGUGACGUCAGAUUCGCCAUAUUGGUUGUGGGGUGUUGCCGUGAGAGGGCUAUCGUCGGGAAAGCAUCCGCAGGCAACUGCCAGCUGGGCGCGGAGGCAUGGCGAUGCUCUCUCUCAAAAUCAGUGUUCCUGACAACAAGGUGAUCAAAACUAUCCAGUUUGAACCUGGCACAUUGGUCUACGAUGCCUGCCGUAUCAUUCGCGACAAAGUUCCAGACUCUGCUCUUGGUGACGCCAAAGAGUACGGGUUGUUCCUGACAGACGAUGACCCAAAGAAGUCUGGCUGCUGGCUAGAAAAUGGCAAGGCCCUUGGAUACUACCUGCUCAAAUCAGGGGACACCCUGGAAUACCGCAAGAAGCUGCGGCCACUCCGUGUGCGCAUGCUGGAUGGCUCGGUGAAGACAGUGUUGGUGGACGACAGUCAGCCAAUUGCCAACCUCAUGGUGGUCAUCUGCACCAAGAUUGGCAUCACCAACCAUGACGAGUUUUCCCUGGUGCGUGACCUGCCGGACGAAAACAAGGAGCCCAACACGGGAACGCUGACGCUGCGCCGAGAAAAGAAGGACAAGGACCGCGACCAAAAGAUGGAGCAGCUGAAGAAGAAGUUGAAGACUGACGAUGAUUUGAACUGGGUGGACCACUCCAAGACACUGCGGGAGCUGGGUGUGGAUGAAGAUGAGAUGCUGACCUUACGGCGAAAGUACUUCUUCUCUGACUCGAACGUUGACUCGAGAGACCCUGUUCAGCUCAACCUGCUGUAUGUUCAGGCCCGAGACGCCAUCCUGAACACGACUCACCCCGUGACACUAGAGGAAGCUUGCAAGUUCGCCGGCCUCCAGUGCCAGAUACAGUUUGGCGACCACAACGAGACCAAGCACAAACCCGGUUUUCUGGACUUGAAGGAGUUCCUGCCCAAGGACUAUGCGAAGAUUAAAGGCAUUGAGAAGAAGAUAUUUGCCGAACACCGCAAGAACAUUGGCACCUCUGAGCUCGAUGCCAAAGUGAAGUAUGUUGCGUUGGCUCGCUCCCUCAAGACGUACGGCGUCACCUUCUUUCUCGUCAAGGAGAAGAUGAAAGGGAAGAACAAGCUGGUGCCACGGCUUCUGGGAGUGACCAAGGACAGUGUCAUGCGUCUUGACGAACGCACCAAGGAGAUCAUGAAGGUGUGGCCCCUAACUACUGUCCGCCGCUGGGCCGCCUCACCAAACAGCUUCACCCUGGACUUUGGGGACUACUCAGAGUCGUACUACUCCGUGCAAACCACCGAGGGGGAGCAGAUAUCCCAGCUCAUUGCAGGCUACAUCGACAUCAUCCUCAAAAAGAAAAAAGCCAAGGACCACCUGGGCAUUGACGGGGAUGAGGGCUCCACCAUGGUGGAGGACAGUGUCUCGCCAGCCAAGGCCACCAUCCUGCAGCACACACCCGCUGCCAAGCCCUCCCAGCCGGCCGUGGGUUCGGUCGCUCUCCCAGCAGUGGUCCGCCCUGGCACCAAAGGGCCCCAGCUGGGGGUCAAGGGCCACAUGCCAGCACCACAGCAGCAGAUGGAGACGGGCCAGGCUAUCAGUGCACACAGCGGGGCCACGCCGGCCCAGCAGCCGCACGUGCGGGAGCUGCAGUCGGAGCCGCAGCGCGCCCUGCUGGGAAGCCUGGGUGCCGGUCGCGAUGCCGUGCAGGCCUCGCUGCGGGAGCUCGAGGUGCCCCAGGCCCGCCCCCAGCUGGGCUCGGACCCAGCCUCGCUGCAGUGGCGCCAGAGCCACCUGGACACGCACCGCCAGAAUGUCAGCUCCCAGAUUGCAGCCAUGAACGCAGCCACCGCACAGGUCGUCACCCUCACCGCAGGUCCCCCAGAGGAAAUCGACCAGCCAGCUGUUGGAGCGGCCAUCACCAGCAUUGCCAGCAAUCUGCCAGAGAUGUCAAAGGACGUGAAGAUGAUUGCUGCCCUGAUGGACGACGAGGACUCUGGCGAGAAGCUGCUGGAUGCAGCAAGGCGCCUCUGUAAUGCCUUCUCUGAUCUGCUUCGCGCUGCAGAGCCUCAGAACAAAGAGCCUCGCCAGAACCUGUUGAAUGCUGCCAGCCGAGUGGGUGAGGCCAGUCAUGCUGUCCUCUACACCAUUGGCGAGGAGGACGAAGCAGACACGGAGCUUCAGGAUCAGCUCCUGGCCGCAGCCAAGCAGGUUGCCAAUGCGACGGCAGCCCUGGUGCUGCAGGCCAAGAAUGUGGCCUCGACCUGUGAUGAUCAGGGCCAGCAGAACAGGGUGAUUGGUGCUGCCACCCAGGGAGCCCUGGCAACUUCCCAGCUUGUAGCCUGUGCUAAGAUAGUGGCACCAACUAUCACAAGUCCGAGCUGCCAGGAGCAGCUGACGGAAGCCUCGAAGGAGGUUGGCAAGAGUGUCGAUGCCAUUGUGGCCAGUUGCGAGGAUGCGACCCGUCAGGAACCCCUCCUGUCAGAUCUGCGGGCUGCGGCUGCGCAAGUGAGCCAGGCCCUCGAGGAGCUGCUGUUGCUGAUCCGAGGGGCACCGGAGCGGCGUGCGCGGGCUACUGUGGCACAGGACGGUGCGCUGGACACCAUUCUGGAUGCCACUGACCGGCUUUUCUCCAGCACUGGGGAUGCACCCGAGAUGGUGCGACAGGCGAAGGUUCUGGCGCGAGCCACAGCCCAGCUGAUCCAGGCCAUCAAGGGUGAAGCUCAAGCCGAGCCAGACUCAGACCAGCAGAAGCGGCUCCUAGCAGCCGCCAAGGUCCUCGCCGAUGCCACUGCCCGCAUGAUUGAAGCUGCCAAGGGCUGUGCCAGCAAUCCGCACGACUCGGAAAACCAAGCUGCCCUGCGAAAGGCAGCGGAGGAACUUCGCAAUGCGACCAAUGUGGCGGCUAGCAAUGCUCUCAAGCGCAAGAUCAUUGUUCGCCUGGAGAAUGCCGCUCGCCACGCAUCUUCGGCUGCAACACAGAAUAUCGCAGCUGCCCAGAACGCAGGCCCAUACAACAGCAACAUAAUGCUUCAGGAAGAGCUCAUGAGUAGCUGCCGGGACGUGGCUGGCGUCAUCCCCCGAGUGGUGCAGGGCAUCAAGGGCACUGUGUCUGAACCCGACAAUCCCGUGGCUCACCACAAGCUGCUCACUUCGUGUCAAGAACUCAUUCCGCCGGCCAGCCAGAUGGUGUCGUCAUCCAAGGGCUGUGUGCCUACCAUUGUGGAGCCAGCCUGUGCCAUGCAGCUGAACAACGCCACCAAGCAGACGUCGUCUGCACUAUCUGACCUGCGCAUUGCCCUUGACAAGGCCCAGGAGACCUGCGGACGUCAGCAGCAGGAAAUUGACAGCGCUAUGGACCGCAUCCGGGAGCUGGACCAGGAGCUGGUGGACAUCCGCAGGGCAGCACUGGCCAACCAGCUGAGGCCCCUGCCUGGCGAGAACAGUGACCUGUGUGCUCUCAAGCUGGGUGCUACAUCCAAGGUGGUUGGAUCCUCCAUGGCCCAGCUUCUCACUGCUGCAUCCCAGGGCAACGAGAGCUACACGGGUACGGCUGCCCGGGACACCGCCAGCGCACUCCAGCAGCUGGUGGAAUCGGUGCGCGGUGUGGUGGCCACCAGCGGAGAGGGCGGGGCCCAGGCAACGCGCCUCGUGGAGCCUGCCCGUCAGGUGCUGGACCGGUCGUGCCAGCUGCUCGAGGAGGCCCGCCAGGCCGUGCUGCGGCCCGACGAGCCGGACAAACAGCAGCGACUGGCACACGUGGCCAAGUCGGUCUCGGCAGCCCUCAACGCCUGCAUCAACUGCCUGCCGGGCCAGAAGGAUGUGGACGACGUCAUUCGCACCAUCACCGAGAGCUCACAGGCCUUGAAUGCACGCGAGUUCCCGACCAGCAGCCGGUCGUACGGUGAGCUGCAGGCCAACCUGAACGAAGCCGCCGCGGGACUGAAUGAGGCCACUGGCCACGUGGUGCAGUCCUCGCGUGGCAACCCUGCCCAGCUAGCGUCGUCUGUGCGCCACUUUGGCACUGCUUUUGGCAGCUUGCUGGGCUGCGGCAUGGAGAUGGCUGGCCAGACCCAGGACCAAGAGGUCCGCUCCCAGAUGGUGGUGAGCCUGAAGAACGUGUCGAUGGUGUCGAGCAAGCUGCUGGUGGCAGCCAAGUCGGUAGCGGCCGACCCUAGUGCCCCCAACGCCAAGAACCAGCUGGCUGCAGCUGCCCGCAAUGUGACGGAGAGCAUCAACCACCUGGUGGACGUGUGCACCUCGGCUGCACCCGGGCAGAAGGAGUGCGACAGCGCGGUGCGUGCCAUUCAGAUGAUGCGCCCUAUGCUGGAUCAGCCCAACGAACCUGUCAACGACCUCACCUACUAUGACUGCCUUGACACCGUGCUGGAACGGUCGAGGAGCCUGGGUGACGCUAUGACUGGCAUAGCCAACCAUGCCAAGCAUGGUGAACAUGAGCAGUUCAGCGAGAGCGUGCGGGAAGUGUCUAGCACCAUCUGCACCCUGGUGGAGGCUUCCGCCCAGGCAGCAUACCUCGUGGGUGCAUCCGACUCCUCCAGCAUGGCGGGCAAGCCCGGUCUGGUUGACCUGUCACAUUUUGCACGGGCUAGCCAAGCCAUUCAGAUGGCCUGCCAGCAGCUCUCCAACCCGGCCAGCAGCCAGCCACAGAUCUUGUCAGCAGCUACAGUGAUCGCCAAGCACACAUCGUCGCUCUGCAACGCUUGCCGGGUGGCUUCAUCUAAAACCACCAACCCUGUUGCAAAACGCCACUUCGUCCAGUCAGCAAAGGACGUUGCGAGUGCCACGGCCAGCCUCGUCAAGGAAAUCAAGGUGCUGGACCAGGACCCAAGCGAUUCCAACAGACAGCGGUGUGGAGAGGCUACUCGGCCGUUGAUCGAGGCCGUGGACAGCCUUACCACAUUUGCCAGCUCCCCUGAAUUUGCUGGAGUGCCUGCCAAGAUCAGCCACAAGGCCAGGGCAGCUCAGGAGCCCAUCACCGCAGCUGGGCGGGCCAUCAUUGAUGGCUCGUGCAGCAUGAUACUGUCGGCCAAAUCCCUGGUGUUGAACCCAAAGGACCCACCAGCCUGGCAGAGCCUGGGUGCCCACAGCAAGGAGGUCUCGGAUGGCAUCAAGAGGCUUGUCUCAUCCAUCAAGAAUGAGGCCCCCGGUCAGAAGGAGUGCGACGAGGCCAUUGACAAGUUGAACGCCGCCAUCCGGGAGCUGGACCGUGCAUCGCUCAGCAUCCUCAGUCAGGACACCAAACACCAGGCCGACAGCAGCCUCCUCAAGACUUAUCAGGAGCAAAUGGAGUCAAGUGCCUCAGAGAUCUUGGAUGUUAUCGAGCCACUUCGUUAUGCUGCCAAGGGAGAACCUGAGAAGCUGGGGCACAUGGUGAACCAGGCAGUUGGCUACCUAAGCCCGCUGGUCCAGAAUGUCAUAGCAGGGGCUUCUCACACUCUACACUCCAAGCGCCAGAUGGCGCUGCUUGACCAAACCAAGACUGUGGCAGAAGGCAUGCUGCAACUGGUCUACGCAUCCAAGCAGGCCGCUGGCAACCCGAAGGCUGUGCACGCGCAUGGCGACGUGGACGAGGCGGCGGACAAUGCCCGGGAUGCCCUACAGGAGCUUCUGCGCACCCUGGAGUCGGCAGCCACCGAGGCUGGUGUGGUCACGGGCCUCGUCGAGUCUGUCAGCAAGGCCAUGUACCGGCUGGAAGAGCGCUCCACCAUCACCAUCAGCGGCUUGCGCACCAGUGGCAGCUAUGGUGGUGGUGUGGUGGAGCCGGAGCUGUCGUACGUGGACUACCAGACGCGCAUGGUUCGGUCGGCCAAGGAGGUGGCCCGAGUGGCACAGGACAUGGUCACCCAUGCCAGCCACGACCCAUCCCGCCUCACACCACUGGCUGCCGACCUGUCGCACCACUACGCCGCCCUAGCUGGGGAUGCUCGAGGGGCCAUGGCCACCAGCACCAGCGUGGAGGUUCCCGGACGCAUUCGUGCCGGUGUGCAAGACCUGGGCAAGGCGUGCAUCAGCCUGACCAAGUCAGCUGGCGCUUGCCAGAGCAGCCCCGGGGACAUCUACACCCAGCGGGAGCUGGCCGAGAACGCCCGCUUCGUCUCAGAAAAGGUGUCGCACAUCAUGGCAGCCCUGCAGGCCGGCUCGCGAGGCACCCAGGCCUGCAUAAAUGCAGCCAGCACUGUGAGCGGCAUCAUUGGUGACCUGGACACGACCAUCAUGUUUGCCACCGCGGGAACGCUGCACUCGGAGAAGGAGGGCGACCAGUUUGUUGACCACCGGGAGAACAUCCUCAAGACGGCCAAGGCCCUGGUGGAGGACACCAAGACCCUGGUGGCCGGUGCAGCGUCCAGCCAGGAGCAGCUGGCCGUGGCUGCGCAAAAUGCCGUCUCCACCAUCGUGCAGCUGGCUGAGGCGGUCAAGCUGGGUGCAGCCUCGCUGGGUGCUCACAACCCGGAGGCCCAAGUGCUGCUCGUCAAUGCCGUCAAGGACGUCGCUGCGGCCCUGGGUGACCUGGUGCAGGCCACCAAGGCAGCCUCGGGCAAGGGCAUCGACCACCCGGCCAUGGCACACCUCAAGGACUCGGCGAAGGUGAUGGUGACCAACGUAACGUCACUACUGAAGACUGUACGGGCUGUGGAGGAUGAGCAUGCUCGUGGCACACGUGCUCUCGAGUCCACCGUGGAGGCCAUUUCACAGGAAGUUCGGGCAUUUGACUCAAGUGAGCCGCCCCUGCGGCAGGCCAGCCCCGAGGACCUGGUGCGUGCCACACAGCCCGUGACGCUGGCCACUGCCAAGGCUGUGGCAGCUGGCAAUAGUGGACAGCAGGGAGACAUCAUUGUGGCUGCCAACAUGGGUCGAAAGGCCAUCUUUGAUCUCCUCUCGGUCACCAAGUCUGCAUCAUGCCUAGCUGAGACCCAAGAGCUCAAGUCCCGAGUGCUCACCUCAGGCCGAGAGUGUGCCAUACGCUACCGACAGCUCCUCCAACUUGUGCUUGAGGUUGUCCAUAAGCCUACUGCGGAGGGUAAACAGGCACUGGUGUCGACAUCACGCAACAUUGCUGCAGCCGUCACAGACAUAGUUGCAGCUGCUGAGGCCCUUAAAGGCACUGAUUGGGCCGACCCGAAUGACCCAACAGUGAUUGCAGAAACAGAGUUGCUGGGUGCUGCAUCUUCGAUUGAAGCAGCUGCUCGAAAGCUUGCCAACUUGCAGCCACGCAGGAGCAUCAAGGAAGCAGACGAGAGCCUAAACUUUGAUGAGAUGAUCCUGGAAGCGGCCAAGUCAAUCACAGCUGCCACGUCUGCCUUGGUGCGGGCUGCCUCAGCUGCCCAGAGGGAGCUUGUUGCAGCUGGCAAGCUGGGUGAGCGGUUACCAUGCAGUUCAGUUGAUGGCCAAUGGUCCGAGGGCUUGGUGUCUGCGGCUCGCCUCGUGGCAGCGGCCACCCACAGCCUGGUGGAGUCUGCCAACUGGCUGGUGCAGGGCCAAGCGUCUGAAGAGAAGCUCAUCUCCUCAGCCAAGCAGGUGGCCAGCUCCACGGCACAGCUGCUUGUUGCUUGCAAGGUGAAAGCAGAGCCAGACUCGUCGUCGAUGCGAGGCCUGCAGGCAGCAGGCAAUGCAGUGAAGCAGGCCACAGAUCACCUGGUGCGAGCAGCUCAGCGAUCCAUUGCACAGGAACAGGAGUUCCGGCUGGUCAUAAACCAGCGCAUGGUGGGCGGCAUUGCCCAGGAGAUUGGCGCUCGCGAGGAGAUCCUGCGCAAGGAGCGGGAACUAGAGGAGGCCCGCGAGCGCCUCGCACAGCUGCGGCGUGCCAAGUAUGGUAGUGCUGGUGAUGGCAUGCUCUAGCGAUGCUGCCACAUCAGCCAAGUUCGUUCUGCUUUGUGGUACAGUGAUCUGGAAUAUGGGAAGUAGUUGCUGAUACAGGCAUGCUACAGAGGCAAGUGCAACCCUUAGUGGCCCAAUGGUAUUCAAAUGAAAAAAGAGAAAUAUGACAGACAAUGCUGUGGGCUAGUACUUAAGACAGGAAGUUGUUCAUUUGUGGAUGCUGUUUAAAAACAUAUUCAUCAGUAUGCUGACAGGACGUUGAGAAGUCUAGAGUGUUGCGUUGCCAUUAGAGAGUUCUAGAAUAGUAUUUGAAAGCAAACUUAAAUGUCUUACGUACAAAAGCAUAGAAAGUUGGCCGAGUUGGCUCAUACUCAUAGUCAGAAUAUUGAAAGCAACAUGAAAAAAACCUUGACACAGAGGCAGAGAAAAGGACAUGACAAGCUUGUCUUGUCCCUAUCUCUGCCUCUCUGUCCACAUGUUUUUCACAUUGCUUUCAGCAUCUUUACAUGUGUAAGGAAAUGGCGUUAUUCUCACUGCGCAUGUGCCAUACGCUAUUGGAUUUCUUUGGCUUAUGUGCACUAUGUUGGCAUACAUUAGUUUAAGGUGCAUAAUGUUGUGUAUUUUUUUUUUUUGUAUGCUAUGACAUGGCAAGGGGCAUUGUCAAAUGUGGCAGCAUUCGUGACUACCAUUUCAGUGUGAAUUGACCUGAUGACUGGGCUGUCGCUAUCACUGAUCAGCAAUAAAUUGUGAAAUAAGGUUUUGCUUUCUCCGAGCUUGCCUGAAAUACUAGUAAUGAGUAACUAGCAUGCCCAAUUUCUGAACUCAUUGGGUGAUUCUGGUUUCCCUAGGCCUUAUGAGGCAUGUCAGCACAGAAACAACAGGAUGGUUGCUAAUGGAUUGUCUUAUCUUGGACAUGUUGUGCGCGAGACACCAGAAUGCAUCCUAUCUUUUAAAAUUUUAUUUACAUUUCUAUUCCUACACAUAAGACCAAAAGGGAUCCCCACCGCAGCGUCUCGCAAGUGCUUGCCUUUAACGAACGGAAGGCACCAAACACUACUCUAAAACUGUCCACCAUGUCAUUAAUUUUCCAGCCAGAGCCACCUUUCUGUUCAGUAGGCACUGCCACUGAGGUAAACAGGGUAACUUCUGUAGAAACUUUUGUAAGUGAAUGGUUUUAGUUCAACGCCAGUGGCAUAUUUGGAGUCUGAUGAGUACCAGCUAAUAAGUGUGACUGAAACCACGUACAGAAUCGAUGUUGUUGCUGGUUUCUUAUAUGGAGGCUGUAUGAUGACUUGGGAGUGUUGCAAUAGGGAAAGGAUUACGCUAAACCAUGAAUUAGUAUGGCCUAUGAGCCUGUAUUUUAGAUCACUGUACUUUAACUGGUCUCAGGACAAGUUAGUUAACUAAAUGGCGACUGCAAGCUGGUCCUGCUUUCUUGGCAAGGCAACUGGUUCUGCAGUGCGUAAGUUUCAUGUCUCAUUUUUUUAUGUUUGAUAGGGACUGUUUCCUUGUGGGAGGAACAAGGUAAUGCAAGUGCCAAGUUGGUUUAAUAUGCCUGUGUAGUAACAGGACCGAGCAUUUUAUUUGGUGCAUAAGCUUGCAUUCAGUGUCUGGUACCUUGAGCUUUGUGCGGAUACUCCACAGGGAGCAUUCUAUACAAUUUUUGUGUUCAGAACAAAUGCCUUCAGUUGUUAACAACUCGGAAUAGAUUAGUCCCUUAGUUUUAAAUACAUAUUCUUAUUGUGCCACAGUUUACUUACUAGCAGAUUGAGUUUUGUAACAUUGGUGACACUUGUUCUUAUGCAUUUACUUAGAGUGAGCUGGUGCAUCUUCCCAAUAGUGUAGAUUGCAGUGUGGCAAUAUUGAGCCUGGCUAUGAAGCCAGACGGUCUGUGGAGAUCCUGACCGAUUAGAGUGUUCUGCCUAUCUUUUUCCAGCUUGUUUCUGGAAAUACUGUUCUUUAUAAGCUGUUGAAAUGCUGUCAAAGUGCCUUGUACUUGGGUGUGAUUGCCCUACUUACAGCCUCAGAUUCACAUAACCACCGUGCCUGCAAAUAAAGCUUGAUAAGCAACUUGUUUGACCA